AUGGUUGUUUUGUUGUUGUGUUCAUUUUGGUGUAGUGGGAAAGCUUUAGGGUACCCUCCCAAAGAGGUCGUGGGUUCGAGUCCGGUUGGAGGGAAAUAUUUUUUAUUUUUCAAGUUUUCGAUCUUUUGGGUAUUCCCUGUUUUUUGGAAAGUAUGGUUGUGUCGAUUAGAUUGAUUUUGCUCUACCUUCAAAUAUUAUUAUGACGAGAAGGGAAGGUUUUCUCUCUCUAUUCCUCCCCACAAAUCGUCUGUCAACUUUCGCCUUACCCUUUCUCUCCCCUAUAUAUUCCUUUUAAACAACAAAACAAAUAAAAAUAUACCCACAUUUUUCACAAACAACCAAUCAACUCAAACAUCCUUGAAGAGAAGAAAAAAAGAGACAAAAAUUGAUUUUUGUCUACUUGCUUCUACUCUAGCUAUUCCGGCUCUUUCUUCCCCUCUUUUUUUUGCUUUUCCCCUUUUUAUAAAAAAUUUUUUUUCCCAACCAAUCCAUUUUUUUGCUAAAAUGUAGAAAUAAAAAUAUUGCUAAAAAUGUGUUGUUU